UGUAGCAUAAAUUAGGACAUCCGCCAGCGUAUCAAGCGUACCCAAUUAUCCAAAUCCUCACGUUUUCCUAGGAAACUGCCCAUCCCCUUCCUCCUCCUCCUCCUCCACCCUUUUGCAGGUUUCGCAUUCCUUCUCUCUUCCAAUCAGGCCCUCUUCUUUGAUUGGUAGCUGCUUAUAUCAGUUGAAAGAAAAGAAAACGCAAGAAUUUGAUCCUAUUUUUGUUUGCUUCUGCUAAAUCUAUCAUCAUCCAGAAGCGAACCCAGAUUUUAGAUCAAUUCUUUGUUCCCAUUUUCCGACCCGUCGGCGUUUUUAGUGGAGUUGCUUUGAUUUUUGCUUGAAGGGUCGGUCGGAAAGUGAUAUAGGAUGGCCGCGUAUGCGGCGGCUUGUCGGCGGGCGUUGAAAUUGGGAACCGGGUCCUCCGGAACGCAGUUGUUUGGCUCGACCCGGUUGGAAUCCAGGCCCAUCUCCCAGCUCGCUAAACCCAACGGCAAACGCCUCUUCCUCGUCGACACUUUGGCCCUUGUGCGGAGAUUAGAGGCACAAGGCGUGCCGUCGCAGCAAGCGGAGGCGAUAACGGCGGCUAUGACGGAAGUCCUGAAUGACAGCUUGGAGAAUGUUUCUUAUUCCUUUGUUUCCAAAGGUGAAAUGCAGAAAAAUGAGAUGACACAGGAAUCAAACUUGUCCAAAUUCAAGACUGAAGUUAAAAGUUCCCAGGACCACCAUUUCUCUUUGUUGCAACAUGAGACGGAAAAACUCAAGAGUGACAUAGAGAAGAUGCGUAGUGAGUUAAGGUAUGAAAUCGACAAAGUCACAGCUGGGCAACGCCUUGAUCUUAAUCUUGAAAGGGGGAGAAUUCGGGACGAGCUGAACAAUCAAAACCAAGAAACGACUAACCUCACUAACAAACUUGAUCGAGAAAUUCAUGCGCUGCGGGCUCAAAUAGAAGCAGCCAAAUACGAUGUAAUCAAGUACUGCAUAGGUACGCUGGCCUCUGUAUCAGCCGUUGGUCUUGCUGUAAUCCGCAUUCUCAUGUAGCUGAAGCUGCAGUUUAGUUCGAGUAUUUUUUUCCGAAGAAAUGAAGGAUUUUAUACUGGUUUUUAUGUUUAAAAUCCUCGUAGAAGAAGAAAGAUAGACUGACAUUGUUAGAGAUGAAAACAAAAGAGUGUUCUCAUUGAUUGAACCUACAGUUGUAAGAGUUCCUCUUUGUUCAAAGUUUUAGUUGUUGUUGCCCUCCAUUGAACUGUAAUAUACAUUGUUUUGUUCUGAUAAUGUAAAGACUUGUUUGUAAUGCCAUCUUUUUUAAUGUUUGGCUGA